AUGGCCACUUUAAAAGUCAAUCAAAUGGAUUUAGAGCAAAGUCAUGAAGAACAGAUUGCUGCAAUUGAAGAAUCCUUUAGAAUAGCAAAUGAUCCCGAAUUUCUUAAGAAACUAGAACAUCCCAAAAAUCCGAAAGCAAAACCAGAAGAAAUUCUUUCUAUAUUACCAGAAUUUGAAUAUCAACAUAUUGUGGUCGUACAGGCCAGUUUUGAUAAUGACCCUUGGGAAGGACUUCCCCUGGAAGAUGAUGAAGAUCAUGGGAAAAAUCGACCGCAGCGAAUUUGUAAAGCAUUAAUCAAUCCAGUAGUAUCGGGAAGUGAAAAGUUCUUGAUGUUGUAUGUUCCAUCUUCAGAAACUGCAGAAAAGUUAUCAAAUCUUAAAUCGUUUGAGGAUUGUGAUGGAGAAUAUAAUUAUAGAUGGGUUAGAGAUUAUAUUACAGAGAAGAAUCAGAUUCCAAAGAAUUCUCAACUUUUGUUCAUGGAACGUCACAUCGAUGAAGAUGAAACAAAAGAAAAAGUAAUGGUCUAUGUUCCUUUUGCAGUCAGAUGGAAUAUGAAACUCCGAGCACCAGAGCACUAUGGAAAAACCACUUUUUUAAAAUAUUCAUACACUGUCCCUGAGGAUGAAGAGACCA